AUGCGUGAAGGAAAAAAAAUAUCUUUUUUAAAAGAAGUAAGAAUGAUGUUGUAUGGAUUUGGGGAUGUGUCUUGUCCAAGAAAUGAUACUACUGAAGUAUUACAUAAUUAUGUAAUAGAAUAUUUAACAAUAUUACUUGUAGAUACACACAAUAUGGCUAAGCUUAAAGGGAAAACUAAAACUGAAGAUUUGCUCUAUUGCAUUAAAAGAGAUAGAAAGAAGUAUUUAAGAGUAAAACAUUUAUUGAUGACCAAUGAAGAGCUUAAGAAAGCAAGAAAGGCAUUUGAAAUGAAGGAAUAUGAAAAAGAAUAA